GUUUCACGCGAAAUCCAGACAUGCGAUCACCAUAGUGGCAAGACGGAGCAGAAGCCGGCGGGCGAUGCUUGGAAAGCCCAGCCAAAGGUUGCGGCUCACCUUGACCUGCGCUGCAAGGUCGGCAGCUUCCACUGCCGUGGCCACGGCUGGCCGAUGCUAUUAGCAGAGAUGCUGUCGGAAGCCUUGCACCAGGCAUGUAGCAUAGCGAAGGAUGACAUCGUGAUAAGAUGCGUCCAGCUUCGGGCAGCAAGUCAGCAGCGAAGCGGACUGGUCUCGGGCUUCUUAGAAGCCACGGAGAAGCUGGAGCUCGAAGCAAAGGUUGCAUCGGAUUCUUCUGAUGAUGAGAAAGACGGCUGCAGAAGAGGACUGUCGGACAUCUUGUCUGAAACCCCUCUGGCUUCGUACACCGUGGAGAUGGAGGUCAUCUUGCAUGAUGCCCGCGACGCAAGCCAAGAGCUCAAGCGUGUGGCUACGUCACUUCGAAAAUUCCACAGCCAGGCGGUGAGGCGCAAGUUUGGCACGCUGCCGUUUUUUCGGGAGUUUGACUUCGACAUCGGGAUCCAGCUCUUCAGAUCCAGCAGCUGCCAUUUAGGCUCCAGCAACAAGCCGCUGGAAGAGCACAUGCGACCAUGCAGGAGGAUCAACGCAAGCCCGUUGAUUCACCAAUAUUCACCGGUGGUUCUGGCUGGUCCCUCUGUUCAGAGCCAGGUGGACAUCCUGGACGACUUCAUAGUCUUCGAUGGGUACACCAACAUUGUUCAGCGUGGAAGAGCUCCCCUGGAGUACGGCCCGCCCGUGGCAGAGCAGCAGAUUCGAGCUUGGUUUCUGGAAGCCUUGGACUUCCACUUGAAAGAAGAGAACCUGGAGGUGUCCAGCAUCCCCGACGCCAGCGGAACCGCCCUGGCUAUUCGGACAGGGAACCUCUCCAUUUCGACGGACUCUGGCUUCGUGCGGACGCUGAAGCCUUCCGAGGCAGGGGCAGAGGCCGCCAGAGUCGCUUCGGGAUUCCUGGCCUAUGCCAUUGACUUUGAGGUCAGGCCUGACAAGGGCAGAACUCAGACUACAAGACCCGUAUGCAAUGAGGACAGCUCUGCCGUGCCAAACGGGCGAUAUGUGCUUUGGACGAAAACUGACGCUGACUUCCAUGAGAGCCAUGCGAGCUCAACUGAGGUGGCACUUGCCGACCAGAAAUUGAAGUUCUACCGUCACUUCGAAUUCGACCACGGCAUCCAGCUCGAUUUAAUCCGGCACCAGAAGUCAAGAAGCAUUGGAGAACAAACCCACUGUGAGCCAUGUGAGGCUGGCCUCAGUGCAGAUGCGACAAAGUUCAGCUCAACACCGAGGACCUUUACGGUCGGCGUGCGCUUCCACUCGGCUGGCUGCACCGAAGCAACCGCAAAGCCUACGACCUCUGCCGUGAAGAUCAGCAUGGCUGCCCUUCUUGGACUUGAGCCCUGCCAGAUGGAAAUCGCAAGUGUUGAGAUGAAGGCCACCUGGUGCGAGGCAGAGCUCCAGAUCCGGACACUGACGCACGCACCAGCUGUUGCGGAGACAGAGGCCUUGGGCACCAAGCUUGCAUCUUUGCACCAGAACGGCAUUUGCAGAAGCUUUGAGAACUGCAACAAGGACGCCCAGCCAGAGCUGGCAGUAGCACCAUUGGGUGAACGGGAGCAGCAACAGCUGAAGGCGGAGCUGGAGAGGAAGACGGGCUUCUCGCGGCAGUUACGUAUGACAAGCUUGAGGCAGUCAUCCGGUAGUGCUAUCUUGGACUUUGCGAUCAUAGGACUGCGAAAAGAGCGGGCUGGCCUGCUCAAGGCCUUUUGGGAUGCCGCCCUUGACCACAGCACUUCCGUGACUGAGCAGUGGUCCGGACGGGUGGUUGAUGUAAAGAUGGUCGAAGCAGCGCAGCUGCGGAGCUCUUGCCCGACAGGAUCCCUGCGAAGCUUUGCUUCGGAGACGUCUGCGAUAAGCGCAACACUGGGCUUGCGGGAAGCGAUCAAGGACUACAUCCACCUGUGCCGAACCGGUGGCACAGGUAGCCUGGAACGACAGGUCGGCUUGCUCAAGCACAUUUUGGAGAUCCUGAACAAGAUCGAAAUACCAGCGGGAGUUGCAAGUCCAUGUGUUGUGCAACACAAGCAUCACCUGGCCAAGCACGGUGUGGCAGCAUCUCUCCUUCAGUCCUUCAGCUCCGUCCUGCUGGAGGUGGUGGAGCGUCACGGCACUCUGGGCCACCAGGAAGAGCGGGCCAUCAAAGGGUACUUCCUCAGCCAGGACUGGCGCCCCGAGGAGAUGCGCUACGCUCUGCGGGCUCUGACAUGGGUGCUGGCAGAUGACACGAGCAAGGCAGGCAAAGGCUGCGCACAUGUCCGACCCGGCUCUCGCAGCACCUUGCAGGCUGCGCUGUUGGACCGAGCCGCUGGCCUUGCAGAGGUCAUCAGAAUCUACCAAAGGUUUCUUGCGAGCCUGCACGAGGAGGACCUCUUGUGUGGAAUCUAUCGGCCAUGCAGUGUGUUGCAAAAUCUGUUGCUGGCAUUGCAGGGAAUUCAAUCGAAGCCAUGCGCUGCCACACUGCAUGCCUGGCUCGCAGGCACCGACUUCCUGGAGCGGCUUGGACGCAUGCUGGAAGCUGGCAGGUACCGCAUGGCGUACGGGCAUGCAGUGGCCCUCGUCUUCCAGGUGGCUACGCAGAUGACAUGCAAGGCAUAUAUUGCAAGGAUGGACUUAGAGCCAAAACACUCUGCAACUAUCUGCGAGAAUGUAAACAAGCUCAUGAAGGUCAUGCAGAUGUGGUCCAACAUUAAUCGGCCGAAUCCGAGCGGCACCUGGAGCAAAUCCCUACAGGAAGCCAUGGACACCAGCCUUCCUGAGUUUGUGGAUCUUUUGGAGCAGCUCCUGCCAGCAGCACACGCGCCAAGCCCCGUGGACAAGCUGAAGGAGUGGACGCGGACUGAAUCGGACAACAUUAACGUCAUCCUUGGCUUGAGGAGUUCACCUCCACCGCGACCCAUGCCGUCCUUCUGCAAGUGUGAGGUCUAA